UCUGUCCAUGCAAAAAACACUUGGUACCACCAGACUGUACGCACAGAUUCUUUUCUUCAUUUUCGUGGAAAAUUCGCAAUGGCCGAGAAAAGCAAAAUUCUGAUCAUCGGCGGAACAGGAUACAUCGGAAAAUUCGUAGUCGAAGCGAGCGCCAAGUCUGGCCACCCAACCUUCGCUUUGGUGAGAGAGAGCACUGUUUCCGAUCCUGUUAAGGGAAAACUCAUCGAGGGUUUCAAGAACUCCGGCGUCACUUUGGUCCAUGGUGAUCUGCACAAUCACGAGAGUUUGGUGAAGGCGAUUAAGCAGGUGGAUGUGGUGAUUUCAACGGUUGGAUCUAUGCAGUUAGCAGAUCAGACCAAGAUCAUCGCUGCCAUUAAAGAAGCUGGAAACAUCAAGAGAUUCUUGCCCUCGGAGUUUGGAAACGAUGUGGACCGUCUUCAUGUAGUUGAGCCAGCAAAAUCUACAUUUGCAGUGAAGGUUCAAAUCCGCAGAACUAUUGAGGCCGAGGGAAUUCCAUUCUAUGUAUCUUCCAACUACUUUGCUGGCUAUUUUCUUCCUACGUUAGCGCAGCCUGGGGUCUUUGCUCCACCUCCACCCAGAGAUAAGGCAAUCAUCCCUGGUGAUGGAAAUCCCAAAGCAAUAUUCAAUGCGGAACAUGAUAUUGGCACCUACACCAUCAAAACUGUGGAUGACCCAAGAACAUUGAACAAGAUCGUUUACAUUAGGCCUCCCAAAAACAUCUACUCAUUCAACGAGCUGGUUUCACUUUGGGAGAAGAAGAUCGGCAAGACCCUUGAACGAAUUUAUAUUCCGGAGGAGCAAGUUCUGAAGGAAAUCCAAGAGGCCCCAUUUCCAAUCAAUAUAAUAUUAUCAAUCAACCACUCGGUUUUUGUGAAGGGAGACCAGACCAACUUUGAGAUCGAGCCCUCGUUUGGGGUUGAGGCUUCUGAGCUUUACCCGGAUGUCAAAUACACCACCGUGGAGGAGUACCUCUCUCAGUUUGUUUGAGAAAUCACAAUAUUUGCUCUUCUUGGUGUUAAAAUAAAAAUUACACAGUUAUAUACUUGGCUUGACUCUUGAGAGUGGCUUCUUGUAAGCAAAGUUGAGUACUAUUGUGUGAAGUUUCUUUGGGAAUUUGCAGUAAUGGUAUUCAGUGAGUUUGAUUUGAA